UAUAUGUGAAAUUGAGUGAUAAGUUGUCAUGUGUCGUUGUCUAAAAAUCGUUUUAAGAAUUUCUAAACACUUCAGAAGUGGAUAGUAGCUGUUUACCAAUCUAACAAGUUUCACCAACUUCAUGACCAAAGAAAAAACUUCAAAUCUAAUCAUUAAUGCUGAAGAAAAUGUGUUAUCUGAAAAUAGUCACCGGAAUAUUAGUUUUAUUUAUUAUGUUACUCAGAUGUGAUCAAGUUUGUGCACUUAGUGCGAGUGCAAUAAAUUCUCAAAGUGAUAAGUCUCAGUCGACCGUUGUUGAAUAUUAUAAAGAUCAUGAAAUAACGGAAAAACAGGCACGCGAGAGUUUAAACAGAAUGUCAAAUGAUGAUUUUCAAAGUCCUGCACACUGCAAGCCAUGCACAGAAGAACAUCAUCGAUAUUGUUACAGUAGUGAACUUCUCAAAGAUCAUUGUUGCUGUAAUCAAAGUCAUCAGAAAGAACAACUCUAUUUCAUUCCACAUGAAUGCUACAUAAAUUAUGAUCGAUGUUAUCCAUCGUUAGGCUCAUGCCUGCAAGUGAUGAAUAUUAGAUCAUGCUGCUGUGAUGCUCAACUUAAAAAACAUUGGAGAUCUGUGUUAGGAAAUGCAAAUAUGACUAAAUUAACGUUAUACUUAUGGAUGUUGCCACUAGUCGUACUAAUUGCUACAUUCAGCAGCUAGAAUAUGUGCCUACUUUUUCGAUACAACACUUGUGCCUGUCAACGUUUGAACAUUUUUUUUACUACAUUUUUUCACAAAAAAAAAAGUCAUGUGGAUGAGAGCUUGUUUCAAUUCCACAUUAAAUCUCACGUACUGUAUAUAUAGUUUAAACUAUUUUAUUUACAUUUUAAGCUUAUACAUUUUAAGAUUUACAAAAGAAACAUAUAUUGUA